UCUUUCUCGAUUAUACUUUGUCGCGAAAUAUUAUAGUGUGUGUGUCAAGAUUUACAUUUCGGGAUUUCGAUUUAUCUUUAUAAUUUUUUUCUAAUCACCGCAUACAUUGGUCAUUUAUGUGUGCGUGUGUAUGUGUGUGAUCCAGAAUCUCAAACCAUCAAGCAGAUAAAGAGAAUAUCAAUCAGAUUCAUCUUUUUUCGUUUCAAAACAAUUCAAAUCAACGUUGGUUCGUUGCUUUGUUUUUUUUUGUUGAUAUAAGAUAAAUCCAUUUGAUCAUCAUUUCAAUUUUCAAUUGAUAAUCAUCAUCGAUUCCUAUCUUAUAUUGUUGUCUUCUGUGUUGAAUUUCGAUUAAAUAUUAUUAAUUACAUAAAUGGAAAAACGUAUUGAACUAGAGAAACGUGGCCGAAGUCAUGAUCAAAUCAGAGAAUUGAAUCUCGAUAAUUGUCGAAGCACAAACAUUGUCGGUCUGGAUGAUUCGUUUGUAAAUCUGGAAAGUCUUAGCAUGAUCAACAUUGGCUUGACUAGUCUAAAAGGUUUUCCUAAUUUGCCCAAUCUCAAGCGACUUGAAUUGUCUGACAAUAGAAUUUCGAAUGGUUUGAAUCACCUCAAGGGCAGCGUCAAUCUACAAUACCUUAAUCUGUGUGGUAAUAAAAUCAAAGAUAUUGAAACUUUGGAACCACUUAAAGAACUGAAAAAAUUGGAAAUUUUAGACCUAUUUAACUGUGAAGUGACAGAACAACCCGAAUAUCGUAAAAAAGUUUUCGAUAUGCUCCCUGAAUUGAAAUUUUUAGAUGGUUAUGAUCGCAAUGAUCAAGAAAUCGAAGACGAUGAGGAAGAAGAUGGUGGGGAAGAAAACGAUGACGAUGAUAUUGAAGAUGAAGAUGAUGAUGAUGAAGAUGACGAAGGCAUCGACGGUGCUGAUGAUGAUGAUGAUGAUGACGAUGAAGAAGUCGAUGAAGAUGAUGAUGAAGAAGAUAAUGAAAUUGGUUUAAGUUAUUUGGCCAGAGAUAAAAUUGAUGAAGAGGACGAGAAUAAUGAAUUUAAUCCGGGAGAUAGUGAAGAAGAUGAUGAUGAUAUCGAUGAGGAAGAUGAUUUUGAUGAUGAUGAACAGCAAUCGGCAGAUGUAUCGGGUGGCAAAACGAAAGCACCAGCAAAAGGUCUAAAAAGAAAAGAACCUGAAGAUGGACAAGAAGAUGAAGAGGAGGAAGAGGAAGCCGAAUAAAUUCGAAUAUAUAUCGAACUCAUAUUUCGUAAAAAUCGAACAAUCGUUUCUCGUUCAGUCCCACCCUCAUCAUCAUCAUCAUCUCAUCAUCAACAACAACACAAACAAACAAACAUACUAAAAAAACGCC